GGGGGAGGCGGGGCCAGGUUUGCUGGGGUCGUCCGUUGCCAGGGCGGAGGGGUUGGCGGCAGGAGCGUGUGAGGACCAGCCCCUGUGAGCAAACACGGGACAAAACGAUGGCCCCUGCCCUGAAGAGCUCGCGGCCUAAGUACAGCCACUUUGCACUGGUUUGCUGUACCGAUUAGUGCGCGGGGUGCGCCCCACGUGUCCGUCGCUCCCGCCUGGGCCUUUCUGCAGAACGGCAUCUUUCAGGCAUGCCGGCCGCUGCUCCUUCUGCUGCUCCGGCUUCCCAAAUGUGUGGGCCGUGGCCGUUGACACGUGCGGGAGCUCUGGGCCUGUGACAAAGCUCAGCACAAACUGUUUCAUGCAAGGCGUGCGGGGAAGCGAGUUAACGGCUAGCUUCCUUCGCAGCCUUGCUUGCUGUUCCAACACCCCUCCCGCUCCCAGUGCUCUCAGGAGAGGACAUGUUUCCUUGCAUGCAUUGCACCCUGGCAUAGAGAGCAGGCUUGUUUCUGAAAGGCAGAACAGAGCCAAAAAGAUGGGUCUUUGCAGUAAGAACUGAGAAGCGGAGCCUGCCUUUCUGCUCCCUGUGAGUUGUGUGGAGACUUUAUUUUCACGUUUGCUUCUACCGCAAGACUCGCAUAAUGUGCCCUGCAAUUUCUAGCCGCUGGUUUUUGGUAAUUAAUGUGUUAUACGUGAGAAAAUACAGUAGCUGGGCUUUGAGAAACCAGGAAGCUUCACAGUUCCUGCGUUCUGCUGAAAGAAGUGGAUGCCGUGCAUUUAUUCCAAGAGACUCUGGUGCAUUUACCAGCAGAUGGCAGCAGCUUUUCAUUACAGAUGUCGAUGAAUGUAUUGAGGGAACCGACAAUUGCCACAUUGAUGCCAUCUGUCAGAACACCCCCCGGUCCUACAAGUGCAUCUGCAAGUCUGGCUUCUCCGGGGAUGGGAAGCACUGCAAAGAUGUUGACGAGUGCGAGCGGGAUGAUAACGCCGGCUGUGUCCAUGAAUGUGUCAACAUCCCAGGGAAUUACCGCUGCACCUGCUACGAUGGCUUCCGCCUGGCCCAAGAUGGACAUAACUGCCUGGACCUGGACGAAUGCUCUGUGGGGAACGGUGGCUGCCAGCAGACCUGCAUCAACAUGAUGGGCAGCUAUGAGUGCCAUUGCCGGGAGGGCUUCUUCCUGAGUGACAACCAGCACACCUGCAUCCAGCGCCCAGAAGAAGGAAUGAACUGCAUGAACAAGAACCAUGGCUGUGCCCACAUCUGCCGGGAGACCCCCAAGGGGGGCAUCGCCUGCGAGUGCCGGCCAGGCUUUGAGCUCACCAAGAAUCAGCGGGACUGCAAAUUGACCUGCAACUAUGGGAAUGGAGGUUGCCAGCACACCUGUGAUGACACGGACCAAGGGCCCAAGUGUGGCUGCCAUGUGAAGUUUGUGCUAUUUUCUGAUGGGAAAACGUGCAUAGGGGAGAGGCACCUCCAGCAACACGCUACCUCCCAGACGUUUUCUAAUGAGACGUGUGCCGUGAACAAUGGAGGCUGCGAGAACAAGUGCCAGGAUGCAGCCACAGGCGUGCAGUGCAGCUGCCCCAUGGGCUUCACUCUCCAGGUCGACCGGAAAACAUGCAAAGAUAUCGAUGAGUGUGGGCAGAACAACGGCGGCUGCGACCACAUCUGCAGGAACACGGUGGGCAGCUUUGAGUGCAGCUGCAGGAAAGGUUACAAGCUGCUGAUCAACGAAAGGACCUGCCAAGACAUCGAUGAGUGCUCCUUUGACAGGACCUGCGACCACAUCUGCAUCAACACGCCGGGGAGCUUCCACUGCCUCUGCCACACAGGCUACACGCUGUAUGGAGUUACCCACUGCGGAGACAUCGAUGAAUGCAGCAUCAACCGAGGAGGCUGCAAAUUCGGCUGCAUCAACACCCCUGGCAGCUACGAGUGUACCUGUCCCGCUGGCUGCAAGUUGCACUGGAACAAAAAGGACUGCAUCGCCAGUGCUUGUCGUCCUUCAGAGCUGGUGAAGUGCCUGGUGGGCUCUGCCUCCCACCGGGCCACGCUGUCUUGCAACAAGAACGGCAAGAAGGACAGCUGCUCCCUCACCUGCACCUCCAAGGCCCGCUUCCUGCCAGAGUCUGACAGCAGCUACACGGUGAGCUGUGGGACGCCCAUCCAGCGCCAGGGGGCCCAGCAGCGGCCUGGCAACAGCAGCCAUCACUGCGUCGAGACUGUCGCUGCUCCAAUCAAACAAAAAGCUUCCUUCAAGAUCAAGGACGCCAAGUGCCACCUGCACCCACGCGCAAAGGGGAAGCAGGAUGAGUCGGGGAGGCCUGGGGCGCCAGGUGGGGUGGCCCCCUGCUUGGAUUGCCAGGUGACCUUCGUGAACCUCAAGUGCGACUCCUCCAGGAAGGGCAAAGGCCGCCGUGCCCGCAACCCCUCCAACAAGGAAGUGACCCGCAUCACCCUGGAGUUUGAGGCAGAAAUCAAACCAGAGGAGAUCACAGCCAGCUGCAACAUGAACUGCCUGCGGCAGCGGGUGGAGAAGAAGCUGAAGUCCGCGAUCAAGGCCCUGAAGAAGUCCAUCAACCAGGAGCGGUUCCUGAUCCGCUUCGCGGGCAUGGAGUACGAGGUGGCCCGGAAGCUGAGCAUGGCCCUGGAGAGGCAGGAGAGCUGCGGGCCUGGGCAGCAGAGGGUGGGAUCCAAGUGUGUUAGCUGCUCGCAGGGAACGUAUUACCAUGGUCAGAUGGAGCAGUGUGUCCCCUGCCCUCCUGGGACCUACCAGGAGAAGGAAGGCCAGCUCUCUUGUGACCACUGCCCCAGAGGCGAUGCUUAUGGCCCAGCUGGAGCAACCAACGUAACCAGCUGUGCAGGUCAGUGUCUCCCUGGGCAGCACUCAGUGGAUGGCUUCAAGCCCUGCCAGCCAUGUCCCCGGGGUUCCUACCAGCCCGAAGUAGGGCGGGCUCUGUGCUUCUCCUGCGGUGGAGGCCUGACCACUAAGCACGAGGGCGCCUUCUCCUUCCAGGACUGCGACACCAAAGUUCAGUGUUCCCCGGGCCACUACUACAACACGAGCGUCCAUCGCUGCAUCCGCUGCGCCGUGGGCACCUACCAGCCGGACUUCCGCCAGAACUACUGCAUUGCCUGUCCGGGCAACACCACCACCGACUUCGAUGGCUCCACCUCCGUGUCGCAGUGUAAAAACCGCCAGUGCGGGGGAGAGCUGGGCGAGUACACUGGCUACAUCGAGUCUCCAAACUACCCUGGGAACUACCCUGCCAACAUUGAAUGCACCUGGAACAUCAACCCACCUCCAAAGCGCAAGAUCCUCAUCGUCGUCCCCGAGAUCUUCCUCCCAUCUGAAGACGAGUGUGGGGACGUUUUGGUCAUGCGGAAAAACUCCUCCCCGUCCUCCAUCACGACCUAUGAGACAUGUCAGACAUACGAGAGGCCCAUCGCCUUCACUGCCAGGUCCCGCAAACUGUGGAUCAACUUCAAAACCAGCGAGGCCAACAGUGCCAAGGGCUUCCAGAUCCCCUAUGUCACCUACGACGAGGACUACGAGCAGCUGGUGGAGGAUAUCGUACGGGACGGCAGGCUCUACGCCUCUGAAAACCAUCAGGAAAUCUUAAAGGACAAGAAGCUGAUCAAGGCCUUCUUCGAUGUGCUGGCUCACCCGCAGAACUACUUCAAGUACACGGAGAAGCACAAGGAGAUGUUGCCCCGCUCAUUCAUCAAACUCCUCCGCUCCAAAGUCACCAGCUUCCUCAGGCCUUACAAAUAGCCCCACGAUGUGCCCCAGCCAUGCCGGCCGCCCUGCAGCCAAGGAAACCCUCUUUUUACUUUUCUUUGAAUUGUUUUUCCCCUAAACAGCUUUAUAAACAAACAGAAUCCCCGUCCUUCGCUAUGCAGAUGUCUGUAACAGUGACUCCUUCUUGGCUUGCUUUGAACCCAUCUUUGGGGCAGCCCCACGCCCUGCUCCUUCAAUGCCGGGGGAGACAUCUCCCAUCCCACGGGCGAUGCUGCUUCUUGUUCCAAGCCACCUCUGCAUUCAGAGGCAGCUGCAACCUGCUCCGUUUGAUGAACCUCAAGUGCAGCUCUUCAGGCUGCUCUCCUGGUGGCCCUUUGGUUGCCCUUGGUGUUUUUUACACAUCCGCACACAAGUCGCUCUCCAUUCCUAGAUGCCAUCAACACAUCCGCAGCUGCCUUCCUUCAUGGGACCCACAUGGUAUUUUUACUCCCACGGUGAGGCUUUCACGGCUGCAGCCAGACCUGAGCUGCUUCUCCAAGAACCGAGGGCAAAGGAUGUCCCUAACUGCAGAAGGUAACACCUUUAUUUAUCAUAGCGUUGUGGCUCUAGAAAAACAAAGGAACACGUCUUCGCAGAGGGGAUCGGGGAAACAUCCAUAUGCUUAAAAAAAUAUUUAAAAACAAUAAAGGAAUAAAGGACAGGACUGGGACGCACAACAGCAAGUAGCGACUGGCUGGUGGUUGCAAUGGCGGUUCUGAGGGGUGGGAGAUGUGUCUCUAGGGAGCCAUGCUGGCUCUCUGUGUCUGAGGAAAGCAUGGCUAAGCCACGUCUUUGCAGAACAAUGUCUGGAUGAACGGGAGAAAAAAAAUGUAACGAGAAAACUUUUGGACAGAUUCUUUUCCCUCCUACCUCCCCACCCCAGCUUAACACUUGUGCCAAGAGACCAGACUUUCUUACAAGCUCGGCCAAAGAGGAACUCGUCGACAGAAGAGCAAGUGAUGUGAAGAGCAGGACUAAAUGUUUGUGCACUAGGAUUUCCUCCUUUCUACCUUUUUCAUAUGUAUUAAGUGCAAUCAUUUGAGUCUUCUUUAUAUUAUUUAGAGGGAAGUUUUUUCUACUAGAAACUCCAAUAUUUAUACCUGCCUGAGAAAUGAGAAUGUGUGUUUGUAGCAAAAGAGCAAAACCAAGCCAAGUCUCCGAUUCAUGGUAAACCAUCACGGUGACGUUUUCAGACCUUGGAAUCUUUUCUUCUGGUCCCCAGGAAGUUCUUGUUUAAAUCAAAAAGGCAAAGCCUUUUGGGGGAAAUUAAUUGCUUUUGGGGGGGAAAUCAAUUGGAUCUUCCCCAGGUAACUGGAAAACAGCAUCUUGUUCCAGCUGCCCGUGUGGUCAGCGGUAGGUCUUCCCUAGUUAAUGCAUCAGUUUGCAGCAUGGAGACAAGAUCUCAGUAUUCCUGCACCCUAUAUUUGGCGCUGGCGAUCCCUCACCUGAAGUACUGUGCCCAGUUUUGGGUACUGCACUUCAAGGAGGAUGUGGACAAAAAGAGUCCAGCAGAAAGCAACAGUAAUGGUUAGAGGUCUGGGAAAUGUGAUU